UGUCUAGAUAACAAUACAAAUAAAUACAAUCACAAAUGUAAAACUAAUCGUUUGGUUUGAUCAAAUGGUAAUUUCCCAGCUUCCCCAUCAGGUAUCACACACACACACACACACACACACACACACACACACACACACACACACACACACACACACACACACACACACCAUAUCACCCCUGAAUGUUAAAUCCCAACCCUUCCCCCCUGGAAGGCCUUUAAUCUGUGCUUGAGGGUCAGCGGUGUCGCUGAUUAACCACGGCGACCAAUCAAUAAUUAACCCGAAGCGCCGAUAAAACGCCCACGCCCUUUGUCACAACGCUAACCCUUUAGCCUCAUUUAGAUACGUGUGCCGCCGUGCCGCCUGGAAAGGAAAUGACUCUUGGUAUUAAAAACAAAAAAAACAAAAAAUCUAUUAGAGUAAUUGAGUAGAAGUAGUCAGUGUUGCGUUCAAGUGGGUAUUUAGUGUCGGAAAAAGUAAUAUUCUCUUUUUGUAAUUCUGCUUUCCUGAAUGCCUUUUCAGCAUUGUUAAUUCAAUGGCUUCAAAGCCAAUUUGAGCUGAGCUCACGACUGCUAAUUACACUUUCAUUCGUCGACUCCCACGUCACUCACCAGCCCAGGGCCCGCCUUUUAAACACCCAAAGUCACACUUUUUUUUUUUUUCUUGGAAGAAGAGGUUGGCAACCCAAUUUGGAUUGAAUGCACAUUUUGUUAAGUAAUUCAAAAUCCCAUUUCAUCCGAUAAGGUCAUCGGUACAUUAAUCGAUUCUACCAAUAUUCGAUAACUGCAGCCCUCAUUGACUGCACUUGAUGUUGCUUUUGUUAACACCUCCUGCAUCCAUUUUCAUAGACAUCUUCUGCUUCUUCCCUCCCCCCCUCCCUCCUCCUCUUAGUGUUUCCCCCACCUGGAGAGAGAGGAGGAGCGUCAGGUGACGGUAAAUGAUUCAAUGCCUGAGGAGCUGCUGAAAUUGACAGCCAGGCAGCAAGGCAAAAAAGAAAAAAAGGACUGCGAAAGAGUCGGAUACUAAAGAAGGGAAGUCAAGAGCGUGCAAAGUUGAGAAUAUUUGGGGAUACUAACCCAUAUGCAGCCUACGUGAGGCCCUCGUCCUGUCUGCUGACCUCCUGUACAAGCCUGCAGGGAUGGAGAAGCAAGUGGAGGAGCUGAGGCAGCAGCUGGAGAAGCAAUGUGUCAUCAACAAGGAGCUGCAGAGGCAAAAUAAAGACUUGGAGCAACGUCUGCAAGAGAAAGAGAAACUCCUUCAGGAGCUGCACGCUCAAUACCACGACCUCGAGUUUCCACCUUCGAGUGGCGCUGAGAUCGAACCCGAGUUCAGGAAAAGUCGCGCUGCCGUCAUCGCGCCGGAACCCAUCCCGGAGACGCUCGAUAUCAGGAAGUCCAGAGUCAAGAAAACCGACAGCGAGACUAACCUCAUCGUGAAAGCCAUCCAGAAGAACGACUUCCUGAGCCGGCUGGACGACGAGCAAAUCGCCAUGAUGGUGGACCUCCUGGAAACGUCCAACGUCAGCCGCGGCGGUGAGGUCAUCAAGGAAGGAUCCGAAGGGGACAGCAUGUACAUCGUGGCAGCCGGCGAGCUCCUCGUCACCCAAGCGGGCCGCGACCUCCGAACCCUGAGCAUCGGCGAUGUCUUCGGAGAGUUGGCGAUCCUGUACAACUGCAAACGAACGGCCACGGUUAAAGCAAAGACGGAGGUGCGUCUGUGGUGCAUGGAGAGACAGACCUACAGGACCAUCAUCACCAACAAAUCCAAGAAGAAACGAGAGGAGCUCCUGGGCUUCUUGAAGACGUCUCGGACUCUGAAGGACCUGAAUGAUGUCCAGUUAUCCAAAAUCAUUGACUCCAUGGAGGAGGUGAAGUACCAGAACAAAGACGUCAUUGUCCGAGAGGGAGCGGAAGCAAACACGUUCUAUAUUAUCCUUAAAGGAGAGGUACUGGUGACAAAAAGCGUCAACGGGUUUCAGAAGCAGAUUCGACGGAUGGGGAAGGGCGAGCAUUUUGGGGAACAGGCCCUCAUACGUGAAGUGUUAAGAACGGCCACCUGCACUGCUGACGGCCCCGUGACUUGCUUCUCUAUCGACAAAGAGGUGUUUGAGGAGACAAUCCCAGUCGAGCACUUGGAGCUGUUUGAUGACUCCAAGAUGCUGCAGGAGGCACAGGCUCCAGAAAAGUCCAGCCCCAAGGCCACUCUGAGAUUUAAGGACCUGGUCCCCGUGUUGUACCAGGAGGGCCGCUACCAAGGGGACCCAGUCACCCUCGGAGUCGGAGGGUUCGGCCGCGUCGAACUGAUGACCACGUUGAACCACGGAAAGUAUUACGCUGUGAAGCGAGUGAGUAAGAAGCACAUUGUUGCCAAGAGACAGGAGGAGCACAUGUUGUUUGAAAAGAAGAUCCUCAAGGCCAUCCAGUGCGACUUCAUUGUCAGACUACACGCUGCCUUCAAAGACACUCGUUACAUUUACAUGGUGAUGGAGUUCUGCGGUGGCGGCGAAAUCUGGACCAAACUCAAAGAAGUAGGGCGUUUUGACGAGCAGAUUGCCGUUUUCUGCACGGCGUGCGUGGUGGAGGCCUACGCUUACCUCCACAAAAAGAGCAUCAUGUACCGAGACCUCAAGCCCGAGAACCUCAUGUUGGACGUGCGCGGCUACGUCAAACUGGUGGACUUUGGUUUUGCCAGAGAGUUAGUGCGCGGGGAGAAGACGUACUCCUUUGUUGGUACUCCUGAAUACAUGGCCCCCGAGAUCAUCAAGAACCAGGGACACGACUUUGCUGUUGACUUCUGGUCACUGGGCAUCCUUAUCUACGAGCUACUGGUCGGAAGUCCUCCCUUUUCGAGCUCGGAGCCUCAGAAGAUUUAUGCCAAGAUCCUAGACGGCGUUCUGAAGUAUCCUCCCUACCUAAGCGAGGCGGCCAAGUCCAUCAUCAGUAAACUGUGCAGACCACGGCCUGGUCAGAGGUUGGGAAAUACAAAGAAUGGCAUCAAAGAUGUCCGACAUCACAGGUGGUUCAGUAACAUGAACUGGCACAAGCUGCGCAUGGCUCAGCUGGAUGCGCCCACUGUCCGCCUCAUACGCAAGGGCCCUUGCUACAUCAAUUUCGACCGCUUCCCUCAGGACCAGACCAAGACAGAGGAGGAGUUCUCAGGUUGGGACCGAGACUUCUAACCUGCAAAGAGACUGCACACGUCAGCCCCACGAGACAACUCUGGGGAAAAAAAAUACUCAAAAGCACAACAUACCCACAGGCAUAUAUUCUUUAUCCACUACAUAGAGCGAUUAAUAUUACUGCCGCACUGAGGAGCUGAGAUCCUCUCCAUGUAUAUAUCCCACAUACUUUCAAAACAUUGGAGCUGAACAAAACCUUCUCAAUCCAGAAAUGGGAGGGUGGCACUGUGAUCGAUUGCUUAGCACGUCCGUCUCACAAUGGGUUCGAUUCCGGGCCCCGGCCUUCCUGUGUGGAAUUUUCAUGUUC